AUGUCUGGAACCAGCACCCUUUCAACUCGUGAAAUCAGUGACUUCACUGCAUGGGAUGCUGCCAAUGUCUUGGAAUAUGCAACAUCCAGAUUCGCCGCAAUCUGGCGUGCAUUGGACCGGAGCCAUGUGAAUCGGACAGCGGCAUACAAGGCAAGUUUCGUCCGGCACCUGCAAUGGGAGGUAGAUGCAUUUGUCUUUCCUUACACAAACAUAUGCCUUGUGAUGAACAUUCAUCCGACCAUUCCUGCCCUCCUCCGCAGCGUCAUGUCAUGCUUUGCCCGAUUACAAACCGGGUCCAUCACCGCCGAAAAAUUGUUCCAGGAAUUUCACACAGAAUGUUCUCCCAAUGACCAACGACUCUGGUCCAAUCACCGAAUCGUCAGCACCUACCACCAUGAUUGGUGGAAGGACCGGUUCGAUAUUCUGGGGUUUCAACUCCCUAUCUUGAAUGUCAGCGAAGUCAUGGAGAUGACCGAAGAUCAUUUUGAGCGACUGCCGAUGGGUACCAUGCUUGUUCCCGGCCCGGUGAUCACUAAUCAGGUUGAAAGUGAUGCACUCUUCAAUCAGAUUGUGGCAGUCAGGGCCCAUCUUCUAGCUCUCGGUCAAGCGAUGGAAGAUUUACUGGAGGAAAAAACUCAGAUCGCCGCAGUGGCCGCUGCCACCAUGACACAACUAGAGGCACCGAUCGAUGAAGUGGAGCAGGCGCUGGUCAAUUCCUUUACUCCUUUGGACAAUGAGGGAUGA